AUUAAUUGCAGAUAUAUAUCGUCAGAAAUUGAUUGUUUCAAAUUAAGAUUUGAAAAAUAAUCCUGAUUGAUUCGCGAAAUUAAUAUUUUAAAUUAUUAUCGGUUCUCUUCAAUCUCCAUCAUGGCGAAUAUAAGUGACAAUGCAGCCAUCGCGGAUUCCGCGAAAAAAUCCAUCGACAACGCGAAGAAAGAAUUGCGCGGGAUAUUGGGAAAGAUAGACGACCUGAGGCUUCCGGUUAAAGCGUGGAGGCUGUUGCGCGUUCGUUCGCGAUUAAAACCGACGAAACCGAUAAAGCUACGCGCGAGGCACCUGUGGAUCCUGCUGAUCGCCACGUGGAUGACGGUGCAAGUCGCUCGGAAUCGCGUGCAAACAUAUCGAUAUAACAAGUGUUUGGUAACGGUGCCCCCAUUUACGCAAAAAGUUUUCCGACCGCCAGAAGAUUGUUCAAUUUGCCAGGACGUUCAACAGGUUGACAAGCUCUCCGCUGUUGAUUCGACGAUCUUCGAGCAACGUUACGCGUACUCAGGGAAGCCGGUGGUGAUAAGCGACGCAAUGGCGAACUGGACGGCGCCUCAAAUGUUCUCGUUCGCCUUUUUUAAAGCAUUGUAUCACGGGGAGGAGGCGAGCUGCCAAUUCUUCCCGUAUAAGACGGAAUUUCAGAAUUUACAGGACGUCUUCGACAUGAGCGACAGUCGAGCCACGAUGGAGAAGGGCACGAAGCCCUGGUACGUCGGAUGGAGCAAUUGCGAUGAGAAAAUCGGCGCGAUAUUAAGACAGCAUUAUCAGAGACCGUAUUUUCUUCCCGCUACCGCUGAAAGCGAGAAGACGGACUGGAUUUUUAUGGGAAGCCAUGGCUACGGUGCACCGAUGCAUGUGGACGACGUGGAGCAUCCCUCCUGGCAGGCGCAGAUAAAGGGUGAAAAAUUGUGGAUUUUGGAGCCGCCGCGAGAGUGUCACUACACGUGUAAGAGGCUGGAAGUGAUUGUGCAUCCCGGCGAAAUAAUCGUUUUGGACACGAAUCGAUGGUACCACCAGACGAAGAUCGUUUCCGAAGACAUGAGCAUCACGAUCGGUGCCGAAUAUGAUUGAAAGAGAAGUAAAGCUCAAAAAUUAAUUUUAUUACAUCUGACAGAGCCAAUCUUUAUAGUGGCGAUAUUAUAGACUGUUUGUUAUGGAUUGACAAAUAAUCGUUAUAUAUUGACAAAUAAUUUGCAGUAAGAAUAAGCUUCUGUAUGUGAAUGUAUAGAGAAUAAUAAUGUAGAAUGACAGGAAAUAUAAUGUAGUAGAAACAAAGCGCAACUACGUAUUCGACCAAAUAUUGGAAGAAUAUUUUGCAUUUAAAUGUAUUUGUAGAAAUAAUGUCGCAAUGCCUCGGCUUUUUAA